UACUGGAGUCAAGAUUCCUCCGGGCUCCGAAAAUUUCCUGUGAUACCUGCUUUGCAAUUGACCAUCAUGAAGCUCUUAGCCUUCCUGACACUGGUGGCAGUUUCCACCAUCCUGGUUUCUGGCCAGGAUACAACAACUGCUCCACAGGACACACCAGCUUCUGAAGCUGCUGCCACGAGCUCUACUGACCCCAGUGAAAGUACAGAUGCUCCCAGUGAAAGUACAGAUGCCCCCACCACAACCUCUGCUGGUUCCACUUCCACUGCUGCCAGCUCGACCAGUGCUGCAUCUACCACCACUCGAUUUUGUUUGUUUCCACGUUUUAACAUAUUUUGCUGAGUUAUCAGUGAGAUGGAAUCAGCCUCGGCCUUCUGCAUUUGAUCCUGCUGGGCUGGGCCAAUAUGUCCCUUGAUUUGUUUUAAUGCAACGACUUUCCAUCCCUACUAUGUCUAUCCUAUCUCUAAUCAGUGUACCUUCUUUAAAAUAAAAAAAUCAGGAGCAACAUGAAAAAAGUGA